CGAGAAUAUUAUAUACCUAUACGAAGUUAAGUAAUCUGUAGUCGCUGUUCAGGUCGUGCUUAUGUCACCCUGCGUAUCGCGUAUAGACGACAGUUUCCCAGAUACAUGUGAUUACUCCAUAGUGUGGCGAGUGAUUUGACAAGAUGAAGAUCACAGCCCUGCUGAGAGGAGCUCGAACACCCCAAAAUCCACUAAAAGUACCUUUUCAACCGAUUCUCCCAAUGAAUUUGAGAGAUAGGGUAUCCGGGAAAGCUGAUAAAAUAUCAGAUGUUUCUUGUCUGCAGGAAAUAGCCGUACUUUUUAGCUGUUUAUCGGAAAAUGAAUUCAAGGAAUCAUUGUGUCCGAAUGAAGUAAAGUCUUUCCAGUUAUGCAGCAAAAUGAGUUUGGCAAAAAGAUAUCAAAAGAAACAGGACGAAGCGCAAGGUGGCGCUGGAACAAAUCCCAAAUCUGUAUCAUCAACCACAGUUAAUCGUGUUCUGCGACGAUUUCCGUCAAUUUGAAUGUAUUUAUAGACGAUAAAAUGAACCGCUAAUAAACAUAUUGUAAUGAAUUUUAGAGAAAAAAGAAGAUCACUAUCAACUUUUUGUCCAAUAAAUAAUAUUUUCCAUGCCCAAGAUAAUUCGUUAUUUGUGUCACAUUAAAUGUGCACUCAGAGUUAUUUGCUUAGAGUAUUCUACGUCGAGAUAUGCAGAUACGAAAAAGUUCUAGUUAUCACUUAUCUCUUUUUGUGGAAGAGUUCAUUGGAAAAAUAAUUCGAAUGGAUUGAUUUUAAAAAAUAUCAACACACAGUAUUAAUAGAAUAUAGAAAAAGUAUCAGGUAUAUAUUUGUCUACAGGUCGAUUACAUUGUGUUACAAAUUAUGUAAUAAGCUCCGAAAAUUUGACGAUAGUUUAGAAACUAUGGUAUUAAAAUAUGGAAAAGGCACAGAGCUGCUAAAAAAGGGUUGUUAAAUUUCAUUUUUUUUUUUUUUUUUUUCCAUUAAUGUCUAAGGGUCGAUCUAAACCCUAUGCAAAAUAUCGAAUUGCAUGUUAAUCAUGGUUUAUUUGAUUUGACGAAAAUUGUAUCCAAAGUUUUGAAAACUAAACAUGAAGGGAUUGCUUGGCAACCAGUAGUUCAGCAAUAAAAUCGCUUAAAUGGAAUGGAAUGUCGUAAUUUUCAGGCAAGGCGAAAAUACAGCUAGAAAUGUGCAACAGUAAUAUUGAUUAUUGUUGUUAUUACCGUGAAUUAUGACGCUACACAUAUUUUGUUAUUGGGUGAGAAAAAAAAAAAACCAACAAACAAAAAAAUAAAACGAACAAACAAAUAUACACGUAACUGUACAC